AUGAGCUACUUCGAAGAAGAUUAUCAGUGUCCCCCCUCCACCGUCACCCUCGCGCAACGAAUCCGCAGCUUCGCAUGGCUGACGAAGCAGUUCCAAAGCCCUUCGCACUUCAACUUCACUCUCACUGAAGCGCCUCCCCGCAUCGUUUCCUCCCUCAUGCGCUCCUGCCUGUUCCCCUCCCUCUCCUCCAUCACCUCCCUCGAUCUCUACCUCUCCCGAAACAUCCCCUCCCAUCCACGCCUUCUCUUCUCGCUCUCGCAAGCGCCGCGCCUCGAUUCACUUCUUAUUGAGCACGUUGCGCCGGACAGCGAGGACGACGUGCCGCAGCACCACAGCAACGAUCCUGUGAUGGUGGCCGAAAUGUGGGAAAUAGUUUCAAUCAUGGAAGAGAAGAAGCCGGAAGACACGGACAGGUUAUUUCCCGUGCUGUCUCACCUCGACCUCUCCCUCUCCGCCUGCUCGCCUCUCGUCCUCCGCUUCGUCUCCUGCCUCUCUGCCCAGCUUCAGUAUCUCUCUCUCUCUGCUGAAGAUCUUUUCGCGCCUAAGGAGGGCGAAGAGGCCGCUGAAAGCGACGAGAACGCGCGUGAGAGGGACGCGGACGGGCGAGAGUCCUUCACUCUUCACCUCCCGCUGGCCACUAAUGUCAGACUCGACAGGCUCAACUGCUCUAUCUCGCUCUCCGCCCCUCGUCUCUCCUCCCUCGGUUUUCACUGGCAGUCCCACGAUUCCCGCCUGCUCCUGCUCCUUACCUGCCCCGCACACCUGACAUCUCUCUUCCUUCGCAGCGACCCGACCUGCCCUUGGGCAUUUCACGCGCCUCACCUCACCUCGCUUCACUCCCUCUGCACCGAUAUGGAGCCAGAGCAGGAGGCAUGCCUUCCGCCGGGUGUGAUAGAGACAGUCAAGAUCCUAGAGUGGCGAAAUCCUAUGGAUUCCCAGUUGCUGGACCUGAGUGCUUGGCACGGCCUGCGCUGCCUUCAUGCUGUAGGCUGGGCCCCGGUGCCUCUGUCGGUCUUUCGCUCGGGUGAGCUCUGGCCUUGUGACUUGGAGGGGAUGUUUUUCUCGAGUAUUGGGAGCGAGGUUAUGCGGUUUCUUGAGAGUGGGUUGGGAGGAGGCGAUGGGGGGGAAAGCUUGGGAACAAGGAGCCCUGGAGGGGAGGGCACGUUGAGAGACCGAGGUGAGGUAGGCAUGGAAACAGGAGGUUGUUCAACAUUGGCGGAGGAAGGCAGUCGUGCGGAUGCUGGGAACGGGGAUGCGGAUCGGGAAAAUGGGAGGAAUCUAUUGACUCGACUGCUACCGGGAUGCAGAAGUCUGCAGCGGUUUGAGGGGUGGGAUGGCGAGGAAUGUGUGUUGUAUGUGCUGGAUGCUGCUGAAGGGCUGAGUAAGGAAGUGGGGGGCGAAUCAGGAGAUGGUUUUACGAAGAAUUGCGGUAACAAGCGGAAGUUUUUGAAAGCUAGAGGAAUUGCGGAUUACCGCGGCUUGCCGAAGCGGUCUUGGAGGCGGACGAGAGAGUCGAGGAUUGGGGAGCAGCCGCGGCGGGACGACAUGUGGCCCUUCGGCAAUUCCGGGAAGCAGCAAGCUCUGCCUUUGCGUCACGAGGGGGGAAGGUCCUACUACGACGUGCAGCCUGGCGACAACCUGACAAAGAUUGCCGGCCAGCUGGGAAGCACCGUGGAGAUUCUCAUGCAGUGGAGCAUUGGACAACUGGAUUUCACAGUGGUUGGGAAAGACCUGGGUGGCACGGACGCGGUUGCGUUGGACGGCGAAUGGGGCGAGGGAGGCGACGGCGAGCAGGUUGUGUACAGGCUGUGCAGGGUGGACCCCGUUGACCGCGUUGACUCCGUUGACUUCCUUGACGCCGUGCCCAUAUCGGAGCGCGAGCUGGAGGAGCUUCAGGCGUGGAUGCUCCGCCAUGCGCCCGACGCGCUCGCCCUGCCCCUGCCGCCCGGGGCGGUGGAGGCUGCGGGGGAGGCGGACAUGGCGGAGUGGUUAUCAGGGGAAGGAUUAGGGUUGGGGGAGGAAGGUGGUGCAGGUGAGGCGGACGAGCCCCCCCUGGCCUCCCCGCCUCUUCCCUGGUCGGGUGGGGAGGCGGGAGUGGUAGGGACUGGGCAGCCACGUGGCAGGUCGCUAUUGGCCAGAGGGCAGGCACGAGGAGAAGGGCGGAUAGGGAGGGGCGUGAAGACGGAGUUAGGAUUCGGGCCAGAUGACGUGAAGAGUGGGCAGGACGGCCGGUCAGGUCAAUUGAAUCCCCGUGCGGCCAUUAACGGCGUGCUUGCUCUGCCAACCAAUGAGACGAGGACAGGUGUGCACGCGCGUCAGGAGUUUCUGGAUUUUCUCCUGAUGGAGAUUUCGCACCACGAGCUCGCAGGGGGUGAGAAUGCAGCAGCAGAUGUAGCAGAGGAGAGCGGGGAGGAGGCAAGAGAGGAGGCGAGAUUAGAGCGAGCGAGUGAUGAUGGCGACGAAGCUGAUGCUUCAGGGGCUGAAUACGCUGCAGUGGGCGCAGAUGCCGCAGGUGGUGCCAGCGCUGCCGACACUGCUGUGAAUGCAUGUGUGUCUGACGGGGCUGGCGCAGGUGAGUGGAAGGAGGGGGGGAGCAGGGGCACACGUGGUAAGGGAGUGAGGGCAGGGCGGGGCAGAGGCAGAGGUAGAGGGCGAGGCAGGUGGAAGGUGGAGGGGCGGCUGGGAAGGGACGUGCCGGGUAGAAGGGCGAGGAGUAGGGAAGGAGGGGCGGGGGGAGAAGCGAGGUGGAAGAGCCGUGUGGGUGGGGAGGCAGAAGCAGGAGAGGAGGAGGACGCUGGCUGGGCGAUUGACCUGAGGGAAGGGGAGGAAGCGGAGGAGGAGAGAGUGGGGGAGGAGAGAGGGCAGUCAGAUGGAGCGAGGGGGAUGCAGGAGAUGGGUGCCGGGCGAAAUUGGGUGGAAGGUGAGGUUGGGGGCAAGGGUGGGGCAGGGGAAGGGGCGGGUGAGAUGCAGCAAGGGAGAGGUGGAGAAGGGGAGGGCGUGAGCGGGGUCGUGGACCCCUCAGGGGAGCAAGCGCAGGCUCGGGAGGGGCGGCAAGAGCCAGAGGAGGAACGUAUGCAACCCCAGGGUGGGGCUGUGGCAGAGAGGGCAGCAGGUGGAGAGGAGGGCCAGACGAUUGGGGGAAGAGACGGGGGAGAGGCGGGAGAAGCGGGACAAGGGGGAGGAGCAAGAGAAGCAGGGGAAGGGGGAGAAGGGGGAGAAGGUGGUGAGGUGCAGGAUCUGAGAGCGAGCAGCGGAGGGGAAGACGUGGAGAUGGAGGUGCGUGGAGGGGCAGUGGGGGCCGGCAUGGUGGCAGGAGGGGGCAGUGCGGGGAGAGGAGGGGGAGAAGGUGAGCAACAAGGAGACGGGGAGGCGCGUUUGGAGGAUACGGGGGUGGGUGGAAGGUCGAUGGCUGGUGGCAUAGCAGCAGGAGCAGCAAGGCAGAGGCAUGUUGGGGAAGAGGAGGCGCAAGAGCAGCAGCAGAGAAGCAAGGGUGAGAAGGGGUGGCAGGUGGAGUGUGUGGGUGACGAGAGGCACUUGGUGGAUGGUUCUGGGCGUGCUCUCAGACAAACGGACGAGGCAGAGGUUAUGGAAAUGGGGACAACUAGAGAAGGUGAUGCGGAAACCUCUAAGGUGGUAGAUGAAACGGUAGAUGAAACGCAUGUACAGUUACAGGUACUGACACGGACCGAGGAGCUGACAGAUGCUAGGAACCAGACACGCGUAGGUGGGGCUGGUGGGACAGGGCCACGGAUUGAGUCUCAAGUAAGUGAGACUGCACAUGUACAGGUGGCACACGCUGACGUGGCACAGGCUGAGUUGGCUAAAGCUGAUGCAGAGAGGGUUAGGCAGGACGAGGGAAAGGCGGGGCCCUGUGUUGAGCUGCUGGCGAGGAAUGGAGUGCUAAGGGACGGAGCGCAGAAGAAGGUAGCGGAGAGGGAGGGAGUGGGAAGGGAUGAAGUGGUGAGGCAACACAAGGGGCGGAAGGCAGGCGAGCAGCGGCAGGCAGGGCGGCAGAGGCGGAGAGGGAAGGGAGGGCAUGGACUGCAGGGAGGGCAGCAGGCGCAGCAGGAGCAGCAGGCGAGUGGGCAAGCACAGGAGCAAGGCCGGGUGGACGGGCAGGCAGGGAGACAGGGGCGCGAGUUGAGUGGUGGGCAGGCGGGAGAGGAGGGAGGUGGUAAGAGGGACGGUGGCGGCAGUGGAAGAGGUGGGAACGGCGUGCUGAGAGGGCAGGCGAGCAGUAGUCCGCAACACAUGGUGACAUAUGCUCAUGCUGCUGACCCCGCUCCUGCUCAUGCUGCUGAUCCCGCUCCUGCUCACACUGCUACACACACCUUUGCUCACACUUCUGCAGCGUCCCCUCCACGAAAAGUGUUACCAACCGCACAGCUGCCUGCAGCGCAGCAGAUUGCUGAAACGAGUCCUGGCUUGGCGGUUAUUGGUGGUUGGAGUGAAGAGGCGCAAGGGAAGCCACACAGAGGGGAGGGGACAGAGCCGCUGCAAGGUGGGCAAGAGGCGGCGGGCACGCAGAGGCACGAUGCGGCGGAAGGCCAGGGGCCACAGAGGCAGCAGGUGCAAGCGGCGCAGCUGGUGCAAGCGGCGCAGCAAGAGCAUGGACGGCAAGAAGAGGACGAACGGAAGCAGGAGGAGCAGCGAGACGAGGGGGCUAGGGAGGUGGUGAAAGGGGCCAGCCUGCUGGGGGGUGCUUUGGACGGGCCAGGGCCUUCCACCUCCAAGCUGCAGGAAGCUUCCUGGAUGGAGCUCUCCAGCAUGGUCGGCCUCUCCCCUGUGCCGGCGCUCACCCCCCUGCCUCCUGCCGCCCUUGCCGACCACCCCGCCGCCCUCUCCUGUGGGCUUGCCGCCCGGGCUCUUCCAAGUGGAACUGUGGGGAAGCAGCAAGGAGGGGGAUUCGUGGACAAUGGGGGUGUGGGGGGUGGGGCGAGAGGAGGGGGAGAUGAGGGGUUGGUGGGGAUGGCAAGGGGGGGCGGGGAGUGGGGGGGAGGAGGGGGCAGUGGGGAGAGUGGGGAUGAGGUGGGGGCUCCUAUGAGCCCCUCUGGCACACCCCUGAGACCUCCCUCCCUCCAGCAGCAGCAGCAGCAGCGACAUGGGAUGGAGAGGGGGAGUGUGGCAGCUGCUGCUGCUGUAACAGGUGGUGGUGGUGGUGGAGGGGGGACGAAGAAGGGGGGAGGAACAGCAGGGCGCGCGGAGGGGGGAGGGGGGUCGCGGAGGCAUGGAGCAUCUAGCAGGGCGGGGAAGAAGGCAGGUGGUUCGGGAGCAGUGGCAGGCGGAGCAGGGACUUCUGGAGCUGGGGCAGGGCUAGCGGCAGCAGGAGUAGCAGCGCCAGCAGCAGCAGCAGCAGCAGCGGCGUUUUCUGACUUUGGAGGGGUGAGCAGCGGUGGCAGCGGGGGCGAGGGGGCGGGCGAUGCGCGUAUGUACACAGCGAAUGGGGGGCUGCGGCGCAAGCACCACCGGCCGUGGACGCUGAGGGAGGUGAUGAUCCUGGUGGAUGGCGUGGCGCGGUGCGGUGGGGGCAAGUGGGCCGACAUCAAGAAGCUCGCCUUCUCCUCCAUUGGCUACCGCACUGCCGUUGACCUCAAGGACAAGUGGCGCAAUCUGCUGCGUGCAAGCAAGAUGGCGCUCCAGCCACCCAAAGAGGGCGAGCAGCGCAAGAAGCAGGUGUCGGCGUCCAUCCCGCCCGCCGUGCUGGCGCGCGUGAGGGAGCUCGCUCAGCAGCAGGAGGCGCAGACGCACCUCAAGCUGCACUCCACCGCUGCCGGGGGGGGCGCAGGGGGGGCAGCAGCGACAGGGGGAGGGGCAGGGGCAGGAGAAGGGGGGUCAGGGGAAGGAGGAGGGGCAGGCGGAGGAGGGGGUGCAGAAAGAGGUUUGCUAUUCCGCGUUGGUCCGCCGCUUUACUGGGAACUUGUAAACCUAGCUGGUCGGCGGGCCGUCGCAGGCAUGGCGGGAUCGCUGUCAGGCGACGAGUUGGCGAACGGCAAGGCGCUGGUGCCGUUCCUGCAGCGCGCCGAUGAGCUUCAGAAGCACGACCCGCUCGUCGCGUACUACUGUACGCGCGUUGUAACCCUAAUCAAAAGGGCCCUCGUCCCCCACCGUGUUUCUUUCCCGUUAAGCGCGCGCCUCACCGACGCAGACGCUUCAUCUCCGCGCGCCGUUGCCCCACGCCAUGCACGCGGUCGGCUGUACGCGAUGGACAAGGGGCUGCGCGUGCCCAGCAAGGAGCGCAGCCAGGCCGUGAACGCGCUGCUCGUCUCCAUCAUGGGCCGCCUCGAAAAGGACAAGGCGGCGCUGCAGCUGUCGCCUGACGACGGGCUGCACGUGGAGGGCUUCGCGCAGCGCGUCUUCGCCAAGGCGGACAAGCAGGACCGCGCGGGUCGCGCUGACAUGGGCACGGCCAAGACCUUCUAUGCGGCGGGGAUUUUUUUCGAAGUGUGUCGGCAGUUUGGGGAGCUCGCGCCUGAG